AUGACUGGUACACGAUCGCACACCCAGAGCACUGUUGCAGGCAAGCGUGUGAGGGCUCCCAGUGGAAGCCCUCCCCGUGUUGCUGAAGAUCGCCCUGACGACUUUCAGGGCAUCCUUCGGUUUGAGCUGGCAGCACAAGAUGAGCGCUUCAGAGUUCUUGUGAGUCAGAUCGAGGAUAAGCAUAAGAGAGCCAUGGAUCAGAUGCAGGCCAGCCACAGGGCUGAUGUGCAGCGGCUGACGGGACAGUUGGACAGGGCCCUGAAUGAGAUGGCUCAGCUGAGGGGGGCAGUUGAGAGCCGGGACCGGGAAUCCCGUGCUUCCCAUCUCAUUAUCAAGGGGCUUCCUGAGGAAUCCAACGACCAGUCUGUUCUUCAGGCUGUGUCCCAGCUCUUCCCAACUCCAAAUGGGGAGACGCCUAUUGCCAUCACAGAGGCAAGGCGCCUGGGUCGCCCCAGGGAGGGGGCACCUGAGGUGCGACCCAGGGCUGUUCUGGUGAAGUUCACCAGUGUCCCGUCCAAGCAUGCUGCACUGAAGCACAGCAAGGCGCUGCGCAGCCGCAAAAUCUAUCUGGACAGCGACUUGACGCCCCAGCAGCGUGAGAUUCGCAUUCAGAAGCGCGAUCGGUUCCAGCAGCUCAAGGUUCAGAACAUGCGGCCUUUCUGGCGCGAUGAGCGCCUGUUCUGCUACAAGGAAGGGCGUGUCGUGGAGGAUCGGGCACCACCAGGACCUCCCGCGCCGCAGGCACCUGCCGCCUCAGGCCCAACACCCAUGGACACCGCUGGGCCUUCCUACGCGCAAGUUGCGAGGCCAUAG